AGCAUCACACACACAGUCUGGCAAUGCUUUUGCGCCACUGCGUGCAGUUUGGACUAUAACACUAAAGUUUGGCUUCUGGAGCACUCUUGCUCGUCCUCUUCUUCAAAGGUAUUUUGAUGUUACCAACAGAAAUCUCAGGAGGAGUGUGUUUUAGCACGAGUCAGCACUCCAAAGAAGGAAGGAACGGAAUGAAAACAGAAGAAACCCAAUCAUGUCUUCAGCAGGCCCCCUCCGCCACACCUUACGCAGAGCACAUGGGAGGAGGUGAGGUGUGUGCAGGGUGCGAGUCUCCCAUCGCGGACCGCUUCCUCCUGCGUGUCAAUGAACUGUCCUGGCAUGAGACAUGUGUCAAGUGUGCAGUGUGUCGCAGCGCGCUGAGCGGGACCUGCUACUCUCGCGACCGCUUGCUUUACUGCAAGCAUGAUUACGAGAAGUUGUUUGUGCGGAAGUGCAGUGCCUGUCUGCAGGCGAUCAGCCGCUCGGAGCUCAUCAUGCGUGUGCUGGGACAGGUGUACCACCUGAGCUGCUUCAGCUGCUGCGAGUGUGAGCGCCGGCUGCAGAGAGGUGAUGAGUUUGUGCUAAAGGAGGGACAGCUGCUCUGCCGGGGAGACUAUGAGAAGGAGAGAGAGAUGCUGGCAGCCAUCAGUCCGGCCCCUACCGAUUCAGUGAAGAGCGAGGAUGAGGAUGGUGGUGGUGUCUCUGUUGGAGGGAAGGCUGGGGAUGAUGGGAAGGAGCACAAGAGAUCCAAGAGACCACGAACCAUCCUGACCACACAACAGCGGCGCGCCUUCAAGGCUUCCUUCGAGGUGUCUUCCAAACCCUGCCGAAAGGUCAGAGAAACUCUGGCAGCUGAGACUGGACUGACGGUGAGAGUCGUGCAGGUCUGGUUCCAAAACCAGAGAGCAAAGAUGAAGAAGAUCGCUCGCAGACAACAGCAGCAGCAGCAGCAGCAAGAACAGGAGCAGAUGGGCGGGACCAGGAGGGGCCCGAGCAGAGGGGGCCGCCAGAGUAACGAUGACAGCGAGGAUGGCUCCAGCAGUCACGGACUGGACGGGCUGCUCUCUUAUUCCUCUCUGCCACGCCAACAACUGCUGGCUUUGGAUCCCAACAUAUACGGUAGCGAGCAGUUUCGACACGGGCUUACGCCGCCGCAGCUAGGCCCCGAGCAGAUGCACUCCUACGACUCGGAGACGGUUUUCCAUGACUUGGACAGCGAUGGAAGCCUCAGUCAUCUCGGGGACUGUCUCUUGUCUACCGCCGAGGCUGGAGUUCUGGCAGGACGCAUAGGAAAUCCCAUUGAUCGCCUCUACUCAAUGCAAAACUCCUACUUUACCUCAUGACCCUGGUUCCACCUACCUAAAGCGCUCCCCCGCCACUGCAGGGGGGCAACACAUAGAUUGAGUCUCACUGGAGGCGUCUUUCAUCGUCAAAACUAAUUGAAUCCCUCAAGCCUAUCUUAGUCAUGCUAAUAAGCUCUUAACCAACCAAACCAAGACAGGGUCACACCCUAAAAAUCCUAUUUGACAUGGACAGAAUGGGAAUUCCCUGGAAAAACAUGUUUUAUAGCAUACAUAUGCACUAUAUUUUCGCUUUGUUUCAUUCAAACAUUUUUUGCGAUGGUUAUGGGUGCAUAAGACAUCAAUGAGCAGCUGUUCAUGUAAGCGUUACCUCACCCUCUGCUCGCUGCACAACUGAUAAACUGAUCGAAAUCAAUUACCUCAUUCACUAGAGCCCUGCAGUGACAUAUUUUUGCAAGCUAAAACCCUCAAACAAACUAUUAUUAAGUUAGCUCUUCCGGUUCCAUUGCUAUGAAGUCAAAUUUAAUCUUUUAAGUGACUUGAAAACUACCGCAGUUAACGAGUGGCUACGUGCACAUUUGGGCCCAAAUAGUUGCUUUCAUAGCCUCAUUAUGUUUAAAUUCACUAACUCAAACUUUUAGGGAGAUUUAUACUUCAGCCGAUUGUAUUUAGGCUACAAAAUUCAUAAACGUUGUGUUCAUUGUGUGCAGAUUAUCGUGAUGAACUAAACAUGUAGGAAUCAUAAGAGUUUUGUUGGCUACAGAGCUUAUUUUAAUGUGAUUAAAAAAAUGCUACUGGGUUUUUGCUGAAGGAACCAAGGUUAUGUAAACUUCUGGAUUGACCUGCAAAAAUACGUCACUGCAGCUCUCUAUCCACCUUAUUUUUCAACGUGGAUAUAAGCCGUUUUCUUUGAAUGUGGGAGACUUCCGGUUCAUUAGCCUCCGUAGGGAAAUAAUGAGAAGAAUAACAAAAGUGUAGUAAAUGGUAAAACUGUUUGCACUACAAACAAGUGUGUUCAUUAUUAAGAUAUAAAAAUAAAAUAACAUGGUUAGACACACCAGUUUGCAAUAUCAAGCAGCAAAACGAACUAAAACUAGCUGGAAGUGAAUGACACUAGAAGCAAAUGGUGAAAAAUAAGGUGAACACAGACCACUGAAUGAGUGAAUGAAACCAAGUGAGACAGUUUAUAAGUGACUGUCCCCUCAAAUAACACACGAUAAAGGGUUAAUGGGGUGAUUUCAGACACAGUCCAAGUCAGUUUCAUAUCAAUCGAUCCCGACUGCCUUGCCAUCGUAAUGUCCGUCUUGAAUCAGCUUUUAUUUAAAGCUAACAUGAAAACCAAAAGAGUCUAGCAUGCUGGUUUAAGUCAAAUGUACAUUAAUAUUUCUUGUAAAGGAAUGAUGUUUAUUAAAGGUGCACUCAGUUUAUGUGUGUUGAGCGGACCAAUAUAGCAGUUGUCCUGGACUUACACUGACACCUAGUGCUGUGGAUGCAGCAUCACAAACACAAGAGCAAGGAAAACGAAGAUUUUCCUAACUUAUAAAAUAAAGUUGUGACAUUUUUUAAAUCUAGUUGUCUUGGCAACAUUUAUC